AUUGUCAUUUAAGAUCAAGUGUCAAAAGUGUGCAAAUAACUUUUCAUCAUCAUUUUAUUUCUAAAACUUUUGCAUAUUUGCAAAAGCGACUUUACACUAAUAGGGAAAAUAGCAAUUUCUUUUGUGAAGUUGUAAAUUUAGAAUACUGUGUCAUAUUAUGCAUAUUUAAUCUCAAUAGGUAGUUUAACUUUGUUAUAUGUAUUGAUCGUAAAUCUUCUUAAGAUUAUUUUUUAUUCAAGUACAAUAUACAGAAUGGAAAUCUCAUUUAAAGGAAAAAGAAUACUUGUUACCGGUGCCGGACAAGGCAUAGGUAGAGGUAUUGCGAUUGAACUGUGGAGAGCUGGAGCUAAUAUAGUUGCACUAUCCAGAACGAGAACUCACUUAGAAAGUUUACAAAGCGAAUAUCCAUCCAUAGACAUUGUGGAUAUCGAUAUCAGUGAUUGGGAUAAAACUAGACAAGUUGUAGAAUCCUUAGGACAUUUUGAUGCGCUAGUGAACAAUGCAGCUGUUGCAGUAUGCGAACCCUUCUUAACAUGUUCUCCAACUGAUUUUAACAAAACAUUUGACAUCAAUGUUAAAGCUGUAUUAAAUAUAAGCCAAGUUGUUGCUAGAAAAAUGGUAGAAAAUAAAACUCCCGGUACUAUAGUGAAUAUAUCAUCUCAAGCAUCAAAGGCUGCUUUAAAAGACCAUGCCAUAUAUAGUGCUUCAAAAGCUGCAUUGGAUGCUCUAACUCGUGCAAUGGCCUUGGAAUUAGGACCUUAUGGAAUAAGAGUUAAUUCUGUUAAUCCAACUGUUAUUAUGACUGCUAUGGCCAAAGUCGGUUGGUCCGAUCCCAAGAAGAGUUCUGAAAUGUUAGCAAAAAUACCACUCGGAAGAUUUGGAGAAGUCACGGAGGUGGUUAAUGCAGUUGUUUUUCUACUGAGUGAAAAAUCGAGCAUGAUAAAUGGCGUAGAACUGCCUAUUGACGGAGGUUUUCUUGCUACAUAACUUGUAUGACCCAAGAACCAAAGAUAUGGAACUCGAAAAGUUCCUUUGACAUUUUUUAAAUCAUUUAUUACCUUGUAUAAUUAUGUGAGAUCUGUUAAUUAUUACUUAUUAUUGUGUAUAAUAAUUAUUACCAAAGAAAAUAAUGCCUUUGUUGUUAAAUUACUAAUUUUUAGUCAACAAAAUUUCAUUAAUAUUUUCAUAAAUACUUAGUGCCUUUAAAUUAACGUUGUCUAUAUGAUGCUUUUGUAGUUAGUUUUCUUGAUAAGAAUGAAUCUACAAUAACCAAUAAUUUUAAUAUCUUAAAAAUAAAACCUCAAAAAUAAUACCUUAAAAUAAUUGUUACUUUUAAAGUUGUACAGAAUUCCGUAAUGAAGCAAUAAAUUAAAACUAUAAUUUUUUUUUGGACGCGCAACUGUUUGCACCUUAAAAAGAUAAAUAUAAUAAGAAGAUAAGUUUUUAUUAUUAUAACUAAGUACCUAUCUAAAACAUACCUUAAAACCCUUAUAAUCUUAAAAACGUCGGAAAUAAAAUGCCAUAAUUAUGUUGACAUAUUUUAAGAAAAAUACAAUUUAUAUACAAA